AUGAGUCACUCCCUAAUCACCUUCAUGGCUCCCAGAAAUCUCUCCAAACCUCUCUUCACCCUCAUUCCUGUGUUCCUUCUUCUUUCUCUCUCCUUCUUCUCCUGUCCGUGUCUCAGUGGUCCAGCCCGUGCUCCUCUCUUGGCCGGACAGCCCUUCCUGGUUCUGUGGGGUGUGCCCAAUAAGGACUGCCUGGGCCGCCCAGAUCCGGCGGCUUUCGGGAUGGAGUGGGAGGGGCGAGUGGCUGUGUUUUAUGAAGACUCGCUGGGGCUGUACCCGUAUUUCAGUGCUGAUGGUCAGCCGGUCAAUGGUGGCCUGCCGCAGCACACAAGCCUGGACCUCCACCUCCAGAAGGUGGAAGGGGACCUGACAGCCACUCUGCCCCAGGCAGGAGCACCCGGGCUGGGGGUGCUGAGGUGGAAUGAAUGGGCCCCUCAGUGGAGCAGAAACAAGGGAAAGCAGGGGAGGUAUCUGGAGGAAUCACGAGCCCUGCUCCGGGGAUUCUUCCCUGACUGGAGUGCGGAAGAGGUGGAGAAAUGGGCUCAGGUGGACUUUGAAGCAGCAGCUCAGUCCAUCCUAAUGGAGACCCUGAGAGAACUGAAGAGGCACCGCCCACAGAGGCUGUGGGGUGUGGCUCCAUAUCCAAGCUGCUACAACUCUGACCCUGCCCAGAUGCUGCUGGCCAAUUACACGGGACGCUGCCCAGCUGCGGAGAUGGCCCUAAAUGAUGAGAUGAUGUGGCUAUGGAAACGAAGCUCAGCACUCUACCCUAUCCUGUCACUGGAGAAACUACCUGAUGGGACCAAGGGGACGUGGCUUUACACAUCCAACCAGAUCAGAGAAGCACUAAGGGUAGCGGCUCUAGCCGGGUCCACCUCUGAUCUUCCAGUUUUCCCAUUGGUCAAGAGUGUGUACGCCUCCUCCAGUACAUUUCUCCCUGAGGCUGACUUGGUGAAUACUGUAGGAGAGAGUGCUGCUAUGGGUGCAGCAGGGGUCAUCAUCUGGGAAAAAUCCAUCAGUACCAAAACACAGAAGUCCUGCUCUGAACUCGGAUCCUACGUGCGAGAGGUUCUUGGCCCUUAUGUGGUCAACGUAACCACGGCAGCACGUCUCUGUGGGGUCUCGCUUUGCCAAGGCCGUGGUCGCUGCGUACGCAAGAAACCAGAAGACCCAGUCUACCUGCACCUUCCUCCCGCCCACUUCUUGCUGAUGCCCAAUGGGGCGGAGGGUAUCCGGGCAACAGGGGAACUUCCUCCCACCUACUUGGACAUCUGGAGGCGGGACUUCCGGUGUCAGUGGUUUGAGGCACUGGAGGGAGCAGCCGCUGAUCAGGAAUCAGGUGGGCCGGACGUUGGAGGCCAAAGGCCACUGCCCACAGUAAAGUCACCCUCUGUUAUCGUUCAGACUGAGGUGACGGUAGUCACCACUACACCUACUGGACAGCAGCCGACAGUCAGUGGAUGCCCCUCCCAUAAUGUGCCCAGUAUACUUCUCUCUGUGCUGUUGUUUAUCAGUUUUGCAAACUUUCAUAUCUGA